CGGCGGGGACUGUCCCUGCGCGGCCGCCGUACUGGCGGGCGGUGCCUCCGCCCUCCUCACGAUGGCGGCGCCGGAGCCGCCUCAGCCGCCGCCCGAGGGCUCGAAGCCGCUGAGCGCGCUCCUCAGCGGCAUCGCCCAGGCCGCCUACUACGGCAACGCGGACAUCACGGAGGAUCUGCUGCGCGGGCAGCUCUACCCCGAGGCGGCGCCGGAGGAGUUCCGCGCCCUGCACGCCAAGAUGGGCGGCCUCCUCCAGUCCAUUGCUUCAGCGGACAUGGAUUUGAAUCAGCUGGAGGCUUUUCUUACUGCCCAAACCAAAAAACAAGGUGGCAUCACGUCAGACCAAGCUGCAGUCAUUGCAAAAUUUUGGAAGAACCACCGGAUGAAGAUCCACGAGAGCCUGAUCAAUCAGAGCCGUUGGGGUAAUGUCCUGAAAAACAUAAACUGGCGAGUGGAUCUGAAGUCACAGUCGAGACACAUGGACCAGAUAAACACUCCUGUUGCAAUAGUUGAAAUGGAACUGGGAAAAAUUGGGCAGAGUGCUGCCUGGUUGUGUCACCUACAAAAACAGAAUCACAGAGUGGUUAGGGUUGGAAAACAUCAAAUGAAAAGCAGCAAAAGCACCUGGAAAAAAAGAGUUUUUUUCUGUGGACCAAUUUGGAAUCGGAGUUCCUCUGUUUGGAGUUUGAUGAGGCCAAGGUGAGCCAGAUGCUGAAGAAGCUCUCAGAAAUAGAGGAGAGCAUGAACUCGUUGACUCAGACCACUUAACCAAAUAAAGAGAUUGGAACUCAGAAAAUGAA